AUUUACGCUUUCUUGAAAGCAAAGUAUAUAUAUAUUGCCAAGUUGUCGACUGGCCGACUCUGUUGAAGACGGUCGCCUUCAUCGGCGCGGACGAGAGAUCGAAAUUAAAGAGCUAAUUAUUGUUUUCGUGAAACGCACGUAGCGGAUUCGCAGAAUCCUCAAAGAAUUCCCCAAGAGAGCCGCAAGAGACGUCGGGUAACGGUUCGAGGACUUCUUCGGUUUUGUACAAAAAGAAAAGCCACAGCGAGACCCGUUACUAGUGGGCUACGUUCCAACAAGAGUGCCGUAUGCCGCGUAUAUCCAAUCUCGACGGUGUCAAUUGUAUAAUUACGCCACGAAUAACGUCCACCUGACUCGUUUUAUCUCCCCGAGGGGAAUCGAUCUGUCCGAUCGGCACUUGCCCCGCAGCCAAAUGUAAAUAAGUGCUUGUUACGAGGGCCACAUUGCUGGAACCGGCUCUACAAAUGACAAGAAGCGGGGAAACAUAUUUGCCUUUCAUAAUCGAGACGUAUCUUGAGUGUAGUUCACGUGUGACAUACGCAAUUAGAUAUAAUACGCACAAUAAAUUAUUGCAAAGAUGGAGAGCGUUAAUCGAAUAUUUUUGGCAGGAAUAAUAGAAAGAAAGGGAGAGAGAUGAAAAUUUUUAGUGCAAUAAUUUUGACACGUGCAAGCUUUGCUCCUAAUCAAUAUUAUCAUAUCUCCAUUGUGUUAAUAUUUUAUUAAUUAAACUUACGCGUGUACGUAAUGUGUUUAUUACACAAGUAAAGUAACAUAAAUUUUAAUUAUAAGAAAGAAUAAAAGAUUAUCAUUCUAAUAAGGUAAUAAUUUGUCUUAAUACAUGUUUUAAAAACACAUAAAACAAAUUCAUAAAUAAUAUAAACGGGCAGCAAGUGCGAAGUAUUCGCAAAAAUUAAAAAAAAAAAAGAUCUAUCAGUGUUUUCUGCUUCUUUGAGAGUCUUCGAUUGAGGAACGCGUGGAUAUAAAUAGGAGAUAUGUCAAAUUAGAAUUCUGCUAAUCCGUUAACCUGGCAUUUAACCUCGGAUUAAUCCGAGAAACCAUUAGCAUUCCACGGAGUUGGUAGACCUCGGUCUAGCGCUGUUUCCGUAGGGGCUGGCGUCUCCAAUCGGGAAGUACCGUUCGUUCUGAAGUUGCAUAAUGGAUCUUGCAUUUCUGGUUCUUGGUCGCGUCGCGGAUGGACUUGCCAAGAGAUUCGUAGGCGCAUCAUUGACCAAUGACCACCGUCUGCUCGGCCGGUGUCUCGGGCCAUGGAGAGUACCGUAAGAGUACUACCAUAUGGGUAACACAGAGGGGGUAAGACCUCUCCGGUCAACGCUCCUCCUGCUUAAUGUAUAUAAAGGUUGGAGCCUCGACGGGUGUUCGAGGCAGAUCGUCAUCAGACAUGUUCGGGAAGAUUAUCCUAGCACUUUCGGUUCUGGCGUGGGCCAGUGCCCAGAUUCCUAAUCUGGGUUUCUGUCCAGAAUACAUACCCAUGGCGAACUUUAACAGGCAAAGGUUUAUGGGCGUUUGGUACGAGGCCGAAAGAUAUUUCCAACUUACUGAAGUAGUAUCUCGAUGCGUUAUGACAAAUUACACCAGAGGUAGCGAUGGCAAAUUCCGCGUAAUCAAUGAAGUUACAAAUCGUUUCACUGGCAUAAAGAGGAUAUUGGAGGGUGAAAUUAAGCCCGCAGCUUCCAAGGCCGAGGAGGGUAGACUUACUGUCAAGUAUACCACAGUUCCACUAACUCCCGAAACCAAGUACUCGGUACUCGAAACGGAUUACGAUUCAUACGCCGUUUUAUGGAGCUGUCAAGGUAUUGGCCCGGUCCAUGCACAAAAUGCCUGGGUCAUGACGAGGGAACGAAUACCGUCCGGAAAAGUGCUUCAAAAGGCUUACGGCGUGCUUGAUAAAUACAAAAUAUCGAAAACGUUCUUCGUGAAAACCGAUCAGACGGAAUGCGCGUACUUGGACACGCCACCGGAGGAGCCCGAGGAGGCGAAGAACCCCGACACGGAAAAGCGAAAACGGAGACCGCAAUCAACCGAUCCGAACAAGAGAUCAGCUGGCGUUCUGAAUGAUGCCGAUGCCGAGAUAAAGGAGAAGGAGGAGGCAGGAGCCGGGAUUACGGGCGAGAAAGCGCUUUCCGAUAUCCCGAAGAUAAUAGCGGAGGAGCCUGCAAAGCUCGAGCAGCUCAGCGUUCCCGAACGGAUCUUGAAGAUAGCAGAAGUGAUACAGAAGGAGGGCAUCAUCGACGUCCAGGAGGAGAGUCUCGUGCAAAACACGAGCGAGAAGAAGAGCGAGCAUCCGAAGAAAACGGAAGCGACUGCGUAGAAGUAUCAUUUAGCCAAAAAAGAUUUGUUAAUUGGUGCUAGCUGGAACGUAUUCACGGGGGAUUUUCGAUGUCUUAGGCUCGUAGCGGUUUUUUUUUUCCGUUGAGAACCAGUCUCGCUUAAGUACCGCAAAAUCAUUAAUCACGACACGUUCCGUCGACACGUCGUCGUCAUCGUUGUCGCUUGAGGACAUAGGGUUGGCGCUUUGUUUUAUAGGCUUACGUACAAA